CACGGACACGUGCGCGUCGCUUCCGCCAUGUUGUUUCUCAGAGGAGGGAAGAGGAGGAGAGGAAGGGGGGGGAAGGCUGAAGCGGCAGUUCUCGCGAGGUCAGCCCUCGUUCCCGUGGGAGCUGGCCAGAGGCAGGAUGGCGGCGCUGCGCUGAGAGUGAUGGGUGUCCAAAUGAGUGGAUCAUGAGGAACAUAAUCUAGGGACUUGCCAUAGUAUGGCUGCUUCUCGAUCUACUCGUGUCACAAGAUCAACAGUGGGUUUAAAUGGUUUGGACGAAAAUUUUUGUGGCCGAACUUUAAGAAACCGUAGCAUUGCUCAUCCAGAGGAAGUUUCUUCUCUUUCACAAGUAAGGUCAAGAUCACCAAAGAAGAAACCAGAGUCUCUGCAGACUCAGAAGGGAAACAAUAGUGGACGAAUAAAUGAUGUGAAGCAGCAAAAUUCUAAAGAAGCAUGGGUAAGCCCUAGAAAGAGAGGAUUGUCAACUUCAGAAAAGGAUGGUGUUGAAAAACAGAUUGUGGAGAAUUGUGAGAAGAAACAGGCAGAAUCUGUCUCUCCAGUUUUAAAGAGAAUUAAGCGCUGCCUACGUUCAGAGACACAAAAUAGUUCAGAAGAGGUGCAGCUGUCUAAAACAGGAAAGGAGCGAUUGGAGCGCAAGUGCUCUGUAUCAGACAAUGUUGCAGUCACUCCAGGACCUAAACGAGCUUGUCGAUGUCUUAUAUUGGACGAUAGUGAUAAAAGGGAAGCUAAAAAAGUGAACUCUUGUGCAGAAAAGUUUAACAGUUCCUCGAUAUCAGAAGAACUCUUAGACUGUCAGACUGUCAAUGGGGUUGAUGGGAAAGAUUCAAAUGCUACAACGUGUAAUGACUGUCAGCCUGAUGGGAGUACAACACAUAGCAAUGGUGAUUCAUGUUCAUCCAAGGAAAACUCUGUAACAGAAAAUGGAAGUACAUUGACCCAUUCAUCAUUUUUUCUUAACAAAAAUAAAGAGGACAGUUCCGUAGACCAUAGUGUGCCUUGCACAAAUUCACAAGAACAGAUAGAGGACCGCAAACAGUUAAAGAACUGCUUGCCUGAAGAAACUGCUAAUCAGGCACAUGAAUCAGGUACGGGUACGGAGUCCUUUUCUGAAGUCCAGUCAUCUUUAUUAAGGGAUUCUGAGGAGGAAGUAGAUGUAGUCGGGGAUAGCAGUGCCUCAAAGGAACCAUCUGAAAACACUAACAGCAAUCUGGACAAUUACCAUGACAGUACAUCAGUCUCAGGUGAUCCUGAACCACCAAUUUCAGACUGUAUUUCAGCCCAAAUUACAUCAGCAUCAGAAUCUCAAGAACACAGAUAUACACUAAGAACAUCUCCAUGGAGAGUGGGCCCUGCAAAAGGUACCCCAACUAAACAAAGUUCUCCGUGUAGAGAAAAUGGACAGAUUGAGGAAAAUAAUCAUAGAGCCCCUGAAAAUAAUCUAGAAUCAAGUGUUAGUAGUAUCAAUGGAUCUACCAUAAACACAGAAAUUCUGAAUGAAAAAGAGAGAGGUUGUGACUCUGGGGAGAAUAUAGAUGAAGGACUAAGUAAAUCAUCCUCAGUGGCUAGACUUGUUACUGGAUCUCUACCAUCCGCCAAAGAAAGUGCCAAUCUUCAUGCUGUGGAGGAUGAGGAGGAAGAGCCUGAUGUUUAUUUCUUUGAAUCAGAUCAUGUGGCAUUGAAACACAACAAAGAUUAUCAGAGACUAUUACAGACGAUUGCGGUACUCGAGGCUCAGCGUACUCAAGCAGUUCAAGAUCUUGAGAGUUUAGGCAGACACCAGAGAGAAGCACUGAAAGAUCCCAUUGGAUUUGUGGAAAGUCUUCAAAAGAAGGUUGAUGUGGGGCUUCCAAAGCCACAGAGAGUGGUCAAACUGCCAGAGAUCUCUUGGGACCAAUAUACCACAAGCCUUGGGAAUUUUGAGAGAGAAUUCAGAAACCGAAAGCGUAACAGUAGACGAGUUAAGCUUAUUUUUGAUAAAGGUUUACCUACAAGACCAAAAAGCCCACUGGAUUCCAGAAAGGAUGGAGAGCCUACUUCAUAUUCUGUUUUGCCUUUUAGUGAUUGUCCUGAAGCUUCAACAAGCAAUCGUCCACAGAUGAUAAGAGGACGGCUUUGUGAUGAGACCAAACCUGAAACUUUUAACCAGCUGUGGACUGUAGAAGAACAGAAAAAGCUUGAACAAUUAUUGUUGAAGUAUCCACCAGAAGAAGUAGAAUCUCGGCGAUGGCAGAAAAUUGCUGAUGAACUGGGAAACAGAACUGCAAAGCAGGUUGCCAGCAGGGUGCAGAAGUAUUUCAUAAAACUGACUAAAGCUGGCAUUCCUGUUCCAGGCAGAACUCCAAACUUAUAUUUGUACUCCAAAAAGUCCUCCGGUAGACGGCAACAUCCUCUGAACAAACAUCUUUUCAAGCCCUCAACUUUCAUGACAUCUCAUGAACCUCCUGUAUAUAUGGAUGAAGAUGAUGACAGAUCCAGUUUUCACAGUCAUAUGGCUAAUGCAGCAGAUGAGGAGCCAUCGGAUGAAGAAAGUAUUCCUGUAGCAUACCGAGAUUUACCAGAAUACAAAGAGUUGCUUGAACUAAAAAAGCUGAAGAAGCAGAAACUGCUGCAUAUGCAUGCAGAAAGUGGCUUUGUACAGCACAUAGGCUUUAAGUGUGAUAACUGUGGAGCCAAUCCCAUUCAAGGCAUUCGGUGGCACUGCCGAGACUGCCCUCCAGAAAUGUCUUUGGAUUUAUGCGAUUCUUGUUCUGACUGCCUACAUGAAACAGACAUUCACAAGGAGAAUCACCAAUUAGAACCUGUAUAUAGAGCAGAGACAUUCUUAGACAGAGACUACUGCAUGUCCCAAGGCCCCAGUUAUAAUUACCUUGACCCCAACUACUUUCCUGCAAACAGAUGACAUGGGAAGCAAGCCUGCAACCUGAAGCUUAGUAUCGUCUUUGAAAAUGCAGCGGCGACACUGCUGUUGAUGCUCUGCCCACCUUGGAAUAAUAUUUGCUUUCCCAGGAAUGUCAUUUGCAGCAUGAGAGCUUUCCAGGUGCCCUCAACGAAACACUGCUCUCUGGUGUGUUAUGAUAUUAAAUUGCUGAACAGAAGUUGACCAUUCCUAGUGUUCAGCAAGCUUUACUGAGGUGAUUUUUCUUUUCACUGUGUUGGUCUCUUUAAAAAAAAAAAGAUAGUGAAUCUAAAGAGAGGAGUUUAAAAAGUGUGGCCAGAUAUGAAAGCACACAUUAAAGAUGGGCAAUUCCAAAGGCAAAGAGAACUUGGCUGUUGUGAAAUGUGGAGGUGAUGAAAUGAUUACAUUCAAAGGAGUUUUGUAGUUUGCAGUUUUGUUGUGAAACUAGUUUUCAGUACAGGAACUGACUUCUUUAGGCAAAGUUUUAACCUUUGACAGUGUUUUGCUUCUAGAAUAUUCUUCAAAAACAAUCACUGUUCCUGUGAUGGUCAGUAAUAGGCCUUUGAGCUGCUUAAUCACACUGACUUUUUUUAAAACCCUUUCCUCUUCUUUUUUAUCACAGUAAACUUUUAUUUAGCAACAGUGAAGCACUACAGGGGGCAACUGUGGCAUUGCUUCCUUAACCAGCUCACGGUGUGUGAAUAUUAUAAAAUUGUCACGCAGAUAUAUUUUUAAAUGUAAUGUUAUAUAAGAUGACCAUGUGAUGUGUACAAAAAUAUGGUGAAAAGUGCCAGUGGUAGUAACUGUGUAAAGUCUCCAAUACCCAACAUUAACUCUUAUAAAGUAAGAUACACAGCCUUCUGCCUCUGUAUUUGGAGUUGUUAAUGCAACUCAUUAAAGAAAACUGCCUAAUAUAAAUCAUAUAUGGUAAUAAUUUUCCUCUUUUGUAGUAUGCACAAGAUCCAUGAAAGAUUGUAUUUUUAUUACUAUUUAAACAAGUAAUUAAAUUUAGCCUGAGCAGUGAGCAAGGGUUCACAUGCAUUCUUUUAUACUGCUGGAUUUUGUUGUGCAUCAUUUAAAACAUUUUGUAUGUUUCUUCUUAUCUGUGUAUACAGUAUGUUCUUAAAUAAUGUUCAUUUGUCAGGAGAACUGUGAGAAAUAAACUAUGUGGAUACAGUCUGUUUA